CUUAUAAGCUUUUGAUAAGGUCCGGCUAAGACUCGAAGCAGUGACUUGUCUGAGCUCGAUGCCGAUCCGAUGUUACGAGUCGAGCUCGAAUGGUACCCGAAUCAGGCCCCAACUAGCUUGUUUUACCUGUUCCAUAUUUUCCAUCACCAUGCGCAGUCAGCACUCUUCAUGGAAGUAGUCUCGCCGUCAAGUCCGUUCCUUUCGGAAGAUGCCGCCGCCGUUGUCACCGUCCAUAUCGUUCUGCAAGUCCCUCCACACAUUCCGCCUCCAGGAACAAGUCCGGUUGCUGGCCGCGGGAGGCCGCCUCGAGGAAGCUCUGUCUCUCCUGUCCGCUUCCUCCGCCGCAGAUCCGGGCAGUGGGCCCCCCAUUGACGUGCAAACCUACGCCGCCCUCUUCCACUCAUGCGCCGGCUUCAACUCCCUCCACCACGGCAUUGCGUUCCACCGUCUCCUCCUGCAAAACUCCAACGAUUCCGCGAAGCUCAACCUCUCCCCGCCCAACCACCGGCUCUUCCUCACCAACCACCUGAUCAAUAUGUACGCCAAAUGCGGUGACUUGACCUAUGCCCGGACCCUGUUCGACGAAAUGUCGCAGCGAAACCAUGUCUCCUGGACAGCCCUCAUAUCUGGGUAUGCUCAACAUGGCUGUGGGGACGAUUGUUUUCUCCUCUUCUCUGCGAUGCUGGGCCACUUCCGCCCUAACGAGUUCGCAUUCACGAGUGUGCUCAGUUCGUGCAAUGACAAUAGUAAUGGUAAACAAUGUGGCAAGCAGGUACAUGCCCUGGCCCUGAAAUUCUCCAUAGAUGCUUCUGUUUACGUUGCCAAUGCUCUCAUCUCUAUGUAUAGCAAGGUCAGUGGCUGUGGGGCUGAGAAGGCUUGGACCGUUUUCAGGGCCAUGGAAUUCCGCAAUCUUAUCACUUGGAACUCCAUGAUUGCAGGGUUUCAGCUCCAGGGACUCGGAAGCUUCGCUAUUCAGCUCUUCACUGAGAUGCGCCGAACCCCAGUCGGGUUUGACCGCGCCACUCUUGUUAGCCUCUUCUCUUCCUUGUCUUCUGGGGCCAUUGGUGAAGGAACCCGUACGGUUGGUUUCGGCCUCAAGUAUUGCUGUCAGUUGCACUCUCUUGCCAUUAGAUCAGGUUUGAUCUCGGAAAUUGAAGUGAUCACUGCAUUAGUGAAGGCCUACUCUGACCUCCGGGGAGAGAUUGCUGACUGUUACAGGCUCUUCUUGGAGACAGACUCACAUUCUCAACGGGAUGUAGUUUUCUGGACUGGCAUUAUAACAGCUUUUGCAGAACGGGAACCUGGGGAAUCCCUCUUCCUAUUUCGGGAGCUCCAUCGGAAGGGUGAUGUAGCUCCUGAUAGGUAUACUCUCUCGAGUGUCGUGAAAGCCUGUGGUGGUCUCAUCAGUGAGAGGCAUGCCUUGUCUGUACAUUCCCAAGUGAUAAAACAUGGACUUGAUAGAGAUACAGUGGUCGCAAACUCGUUAAUCCAUGCAUAUGCAAGAUGUAGCUCCGUGUCUCUUGCUAAGCAAGUUUUUGAGGGCAUGGAAAUGGAAUCUCGUGAUUUGGUUUCCUGGAAUUCAAUGCUUAAGGCCCAUGCUCUUCAUGGGCAAGGACAAGAGGCAUUGCGGCUCUCCACAGAGAUGAGCGUCCCACCUGAUUCUGCCACCUUUGUUGCUCUCCUCUCAGCAUGUAGUCAUUCCGGCCUUGUGGAAGAUGGGAUUAGAAUAUUUGACAUCAUGUUGAGAGAUUACAGGAUCACUCCUCAGCUAGAUCACUAUGCAUGCAUGGUAGACAUCCUCGGGAGAGCCGGUCGAGUUCUUGAGGCUCAGAAGUUGAUAAAUCAGAUGCCUAUGGAGCCUGAUUCCGUGGUCUGGAGUGCAUUUCUGGGUGCUUGCAGGAAACAUGGAGUGGUACAACUAGCUGCGCUAGCUGCUGCCAACUUGAAAGAGUUGGAACCUGAACGCUCAUUAGGCUAUGUACAGAUCUCGAACAUCUAUUGCUCAGGGGGAAGAUUUAACGAAGCUGGUCUAGUUCGAAAGGAAAUGAGAUGGUCCGGAGUUAGGAAGGAACCUGGGUUAAGCUGGGUUGAGAUUGGGAGUCAGAUUCACGAAUUUGCCUCGGGGGGGAAUAGGCAUCCCCAGAAAGAGUUGAUACGUUCUGAGCUUGAGCAAUUCAUUGGGCAACUGAAGGAGUUGGGUUACGUGCCCGAAACAAGCUUGGCUCUUCAUGACAUUGAAGAGGAGCAGAAGGAGGAGCAAUUGUACCACCACAGCGAGAAGUUGGCGUUGGUGUUUGCAAUAAUGAAUGGAGAACGGAGAUUUUGGAAGGCGAUAAAGAUUAUGAAGAACAUCAGAAUCUGUGUGGACUGCCACAACUUCAUGAAACUAGCAUCAGGUUUGCUAGGUAAGGAAAUUGUGGUACGAGAUUCGAACCGGUUCCAUCAUUUCAAUAAUCGGGUUUGCUCUUGUAAUGACUAUUGGUAAUUGAACUGAAAAUUUUUAACUCGAGGAUAUGUGAUAUAAUGUUCAUGGAGAAUGUCCGUUAGAUCAAUCUAAUGCACCAAUGGCCUGAUGUACCCUUUCUA